AUGUGGCUUUGGAGAGUUAGUGGAUUGUUUGUGCUUAUUGUGCAUUGCGUAUAUUCGCAAGAUGCUCAAACUUGCUACACCAACACGGGUGUUACUGGUGUUUGCACGAGCCUUUCGGAAUGUCCAGCCGCCUUUCAGCUGAAUAUUAAUCCUUUCAGCUUUUUCGGCGGGGCCCAGCGUGGCUGCCAGAAUUUCUUUCUUAUCGGAAGUGUGUGUUGCGCACAAGUUCCUACGAAUAAUGCUCCCCAAAACGCUCCAACGUACAACGCUCCGGCAAACACACCGUCCUUCAAUGGGCAGCCAAACGCUCCGACGUACAAUGUUCCGGCAGCAAAUCCAACUCAACCUACACAAACCACUACGACUUCUGCUCCCCCGGGGCCUUCUUCUGCCACUACGAAAUUUCCUCAGUCUGACCCUGUGAGCACGACGACGGCUCGUACAUCGACCAUUCGCACUACGCCAACAGUCGUUUUGAAGUCGCGUAUAGACAGCGAGCCCACGUUCGACAAACCGGUCUUGCUACCUACACCCGAAACGGGCUGCGGGCUCAGCGAUGUCGAGCACAAUCGUAUAGUUGGUGGAGUACCGGCCGCUCUUAACGGCUGGCCCUGGAUGGCACUGAUCGGCUACGAGGAUCAGUUGGGUGAUGUCGAUUUCCGCUGCGGUGGUUCAUUGAUCACCGAUCGUCACGUGCUUUCUGCGGCGCAUUGCAUACUGUCAUCGCUGUCCUUGGUACGCUUGGGUGAGCAUGAUUUAGGCAAUCAAACUGAAUCAGCUCAUGUUGAUGUUCCGGUAUAUAAGUACGUAUCUCACCCAUCGUACGACACACUUGAUGGGCAUUCGGAUUUGGCCAUCCUGUUUCUCACACGCACCGUAGAAUUCAACGAUGCAAUCAAACCCAUCUGCCUUCCUUCGAUCGAACCGGUGCGCAGCGAGAAAUUCAUCGGCUUCAAUCCGUUCAUAGCGGGAUGGGGGCGAACGGAGGAGAACGGCUUUGAGGCAAAGGUCCUGCAGGAACUCCAGAUUCCGAUCCUAGAGAACGACGAGUGUGUGCAGCGGUUUAAAAAGAUACGCAAACUGUUCACCCGAAAGCAGUUCGAUAAUGCCGUCAUUUGCGCCGGCUUCCUCGAUGGUGGCAAGGACUCGUGCCAGGGUGAUAGUGGCGGCCCGCUGAUGUUGCCGUAUCUGGUGAACAACAAGAAGUACUACUACUUCCAGGUUGGGGUCGUUUCGUACGGUAUUGGGUGCGCCCGGGCGGAGUUACCUGGCGUGUACACAAGGGUUUCUAACUUUAUCGAUUGGAUUGAAAUGCAAGUUAAAUCCUAA